CACGUGUUAUCGUGUUAUCGAACAUCGCGAGCUGGCAAAGUCUAAUUUUGAAGCAAGCAAACAGUAAUUGCUAAGUCAGAGACGUAGCUCACAAAAGCGAUGAGCGUAUGAUUUCAGUUCAGAAAGAGUUGACUGGCUGGUUUCGCUUCCCAGUCGAAAAGCAACAAGCGGCGCAGGCGCCAAAGAGUUAGCCAGUCAGAAGCGAGGUCUGGCGAAGAGCAGCAGUAGCAGCAGCAGCAAAUAAAGUGAGCGUCACUGAACAAACGAGGAAAAAAUGCCAACCGACGCAUCGUUGCUAUUCCUAUUGGGCCUCGCGAUGGCGACACCUGGCGGCGCAGCGGCGGCUCACCCCGCCAUACGGCCGCAGUCGCAGCGCGGCAUUAUCUUUCCCAAGGAGACCUUUGACGAAUGCUUUGUGGAUGAUGCGCAAAAGAUGCCAGGUAGCUGUAAAUUGUUGCAGGACUGCCCCGCUGCCUUAAAGCAAUCAAUUCCCAAGACCUGUUAUUUUGUCAAGUUCGAUCAGUACGUAUGUUGCUCCAACCCUAGUUAUUCAAAUGGCACACAGGUGGCGCCAACAACACUGAAGCCGCCUACACAACGGAGAAGCGUCCGAGCUUGCGAGGAAUCUGGGUACAUAACCGUCUCUGUUGUCAAUGGCCGUGCCACCGUAUACCGAGAGUUUCCCUUCAUGGUCGCCCUCGGCUGGCGCUCGAGCUUCGAUGAAAGCAUUCACUAUCGCUGCGGGGGCAGUCUCAUAGCAUCCAAGUUUGUGCUCACAGCGGCGCACUGCAUCGACUUUGGCGGACAGGUGCCCGUAACGGUGCGACUGGGCGGUGACAAUCUAACCAUGGGCAUGGGCGUCGAUAAUCAAAUCCGGCGCAUAUUUAUGCAUCCCGCUUACGAUGAGAAAACCGCCUACAACGACAUCGCGCUGCUGGAGCUGGAAAUGGAUGCGCCGCCAAGCUUGGUUCCCGUCUGCCUUUGGCAGCAUGCGAAACUGGCAGAGAAGGAGCUAACAGCCAUUGGCUACGGACAGAUUAGCUUCACGGGUCUCUCCUCCUCGCAGCUGCUCAAGGUCGAUCUGCAGCACAUCAGCGACGACCUGUGCCAAGACUACUACACACGCGAACUGCUCGCCGAGGGCUUGGCUGCCAGUCAGCUCUGUGCAGGCGACACCAAAGGCAAGGGCGACACCUGCCAAGGUGAUUCCGGUGGCCCGCUGCUCAUGAGAUCCGAUUCGAUAUGGUAUCUGGUGGGCAUCACGUCACUAGGUCAGGGCUGUGCCACCGGACCGCCCAGCAUCUAUACGCGCGUCUCCAGCCACCUCGACUGGAUUGAGAGCGUUGUCUGGCCCGAACCCGAAGUGCAGACAGUGGAUCCCCAUUUCGAUCUGCGUAUUUCCUUCUGAGGCAGGUCACAGUUCGUCCAGUAAAUUCCCAAGUUCAAUCGGCGGGAAUUCACCGCUGAUUCAGCUUAUUUCAAAUAUUACUCAUGCCUUAAGCUCAGGCUUCACCCAUCAAUCAAAUCAAAUUGACUUAUUAUUAUUAUUUUGUUUAGA